CAAGCCACCCCAUAUUUUGACUAAUAUAAAGAUUACUACUACUCCAUCAUCUUUUAACAAGUAUUAUGUAUAUUAACAAUUAUUAUAUAUACGUGAAAAAAGAAUCCUUAAUCAUUACAGGUUUAAUAAGCAGCAUUUAUUCAUGCAGGUUGGUUCGGCCAUCCCAAAUCAUCACGGUCGGUGGACAUAAUAUAAGUCCCCAAUCAUAAUUUUGCAUUUUGUCAAACCACCGAGAAAAGUCCAGAUUCCGGGGAAAGCCCUUUUGGAUAAGCACGUCAUUACCACCAGCCCAGCCCAACAAAAAAAUAAAAUCAUUAAAAAAUUACCGCGAAUCCACGUCAUCGCCAGCCCCAAUUCCUACGUCUCAAAAAACGAAUUUGGAGUCCUUUGGUCGGACCUUCCUCCCUCGUUUUUUCCCUUAUUAUUAUUCUCUCUUCAUUAUUUUCGUAUCCGAUCAAUCCAAAGGCAAAGACCAACUCUUUUCAUUUUUUUGGCAAUAAUAUUCUCCGCCCCCCAAGCAAUUACCAAGAAAUCUUCCAUGGCUACCGCCUCUCACAAUAAUCUCAAUGCUAAACUGGUUUUGUUAGGGGAUAUGGGAGCUGGUAAAUCCAGCUUAGUUUUGCGUUUCGUCAAGGGUCAGUUCCUUGAAUUUCAGGAAUCGACGAUUGGAGCUGCGUUCUUCUCACAAACCGUGUCGGUGAACAAUGCCACCGUCAAGUUCGAGAUCUGGGACACUGCUGGCCAAGAGCGGUACCAUAGCUUGGCUCCUAUGUACUAUCGUGGUGCUGCCGCUGCUAUUAUCGUCUACGAUAUUACCAGCACUGAUUCAUUUGCACGGGCUAAGAAAUGGGUACAAGAACUCCAAAAGCAAGGUAAUCCAAAUAUGGUUAUGGCAUUUGCAGGAAAUAAAGCUGAUCUAGAAGAAAAAAGGAAGGUGACCGCGGAAGAAGCACGAGUAUAUGCAGAGGAAAAUGGUCUAUUUUUCAUGGAAACCUCUGCAAAAACAGCGGCAAACGUUAAUGAUAUUUUCUAUGAAAUAGGUUUGUGUUAUCCUCUUCUUCUUGCUUGUGUGCAAUUUAUGAAAAUCAUUUUUCCUCGGUGGAAUUGAACCUGGUUCUCUUUGUCAACUGGAUUCCAAUUAUAAUAUCUUUCAUUAGCUAUGUUUUAGUUGUGCCUUUAAUUCCAUUGGGGUUCAUUUUCUGAUAAAUCUGAUGUCUGAUAUAGAUUUGUGCAAACUGCCAUAUGAAUUAUCAUAGAGGUGAUCUACUGUAAUACCAUUACUGAACCUUGGAUAGAAUGGUUGGUGAUAGAUUUAUUAAUGUUGAUUUGGAUAUUUCCUUGCGCGCUUAAAGGGAUUGUUGUUGGCAUCGUAAACAGUCUUUGUCAGAGUGAUGUUGCUAUCAUGGGAACUUGAGCUUCAAAAUGUAGGUUGGAGUCAUGAAAUUUAGUGUUGCUUUGAAACUAGGAUUGCUCUCUUUUCAUCAGAACUGUUUGCUUCUGACCUGUUCCCCUGAUGGUAUUGCUUGGCUCCUACAUUUAGUUUUUUGGUUGAAGGAGGAAGGCUUCUAGCUCUCGCUAUUAAUGUUUGUAGUUUCUUGAAAGCUAUCAUUUAGAGGGGAGUCGGUGAUUUUGGGUUACAUCUUAGGGUGUAGGAAAAGAUGCCUCAUAGGACUUUCAAUUGUUGUAAGCCACCACCAACAAUUGAAGAGCUUGGCAGUUUAUCUUCCUGUAGAAAUGUUUUACAUGUGGGGGCUUAAAUAAGAUACUGGGAUGUCUACUGAUAGCUCGCUGUAAUUUAACACGGGCUCCGUGGCAUCCACACUCUUAAGGUGUAUAGUUUUCCUUCCCCUCAAACCACCACCCCGGAAUCUUUUACGUCUUAAGAAUACCAAAGGCUUAACAAUAAUGCUAAAUUCUCAUGGAAUGGCAUUUACUGGUCUAUAUACGCCAGUGUCCCUCCACUUUGCAUCAUCAAGGCUCUUCUUUCAUGUUUAUUUCAAUUAUCAGCAUUUGGUUCUGUUUACAAAUGAUUUCACACAAAUGCUUGUUUUGAUGUAACUUAUGCUGGGAUAGAUAGACUUUUAAUUAAAUGUUCACAUUGUAUCCAUGCUAGCCCUUUGCUCAUUUGUUUGUUAGUUUAUAAACCACAAUUGUAUCAACAGUCCUGUUUGAGUAAGAUUUAUGUUCAUGGUCUGCCUCAUCUGGUGUGGGUCCUUUUCUGGGUUUUUUUUUCCCAACCCAUUUUUGGUGUAAUAUGGGAUGGGCUAAGAAUUUCAAGGGUUGUAUUUCUCAACGUCAUUGCUUUAUUCUGGCAAAAAAGAAAUUAAUGUAACUAUAGCUGCAUAUGAUUUUGUUGGUGUUGUAUCGCCACCAACUCAGAUAGGAAGUGGUUCAUUUUAUGAGUUAAAUUUCGUUGAAUAUGUGUCUCUAUGUUUCUGUGCCUGCUUCUUUGGGUUCCUGUUGAGUUUUACCUACCUUGGCUUAAGGAGUAAAAUGAAAACUUGGUUCUCUGUGGAUGUGGUGUUGGUGUAUAUUCCAUAUAACUUGAUUACUUUGUGGUUGAUGCAGCGAGAAGGUUACCAAGAGCUCAACCUGCACAAACUCCCGCAGGGAUGAUCCUUGAUAGACAAGUGGAUGGUGCUCGAACAUCGACAUGCUGUGCUUGAUUAGGAUCGUCAAUGAUCUCCGAAUCUCAAUGUAAUUGUCGAUUGAUCUCUGUAAUAGUUGUUUGUGUGGAGUUUGGAUCAUAUUGUAUAAACUCUUCUCUGGAUUCUUAUUAUAGUAAAAUGUAAGCUUUAUUCUUUAUAAACUUUAUAAAAGAGGGGAUAUAAAGAGGACCAAAAAAGAAAAGAUAAGGGGAGACUGUAAUUUAUAUAGAGUACUACAAAGCAGACUGCGAAAUAAGAUUUGAACGAAGUCAGUCCACAUUGCCCUGGUUCAGGUCUUUCAGUUGUUUUUCUCUCAUCACCCGUCAAGGUUUUGAUAUACAAAUUAAAACAAUGCAAGCUAUGCUGCAACGCAACGCUUCUUGUUAAUCUCAGGUUUAGAUGCUUGAUUAGAUAGGGGUUACCUGGGGAAAGUCGUACUUGUGUUGUGGCUUCCUGUCUCUAUCAAUACCUUUUGUAGGAAAAUCGUGGAAUUUCACGUUUUCUUUUCCCCAGGUUUGCUUUCGUUCUGAUGAUGAUGGUGGUGGUGGCUGACUGCAUUGACUGGACACCACCAAGAUAGAGGUGAGAGUGGUCAAGGACAGGUUUAGGGGCCUCCUCAUUACACUAAAAACCUAUAGAGAAAGGACAUUGUUGUGAAUGUUGUUGUGCUUUUUGGAUGAAUAACCAUUCCAAUUUUCACGAAUGCCAUUGGGAACUCUGAAACAAUCUGCUGAGAAGUUAGGAGUUUGUCAUCGGCAUAGCCUCCAUACUGUGUGGCUGCCAAACGGAGUAAAAGCGGAAAAAACAAUAGGCUCUUGUCACUGUCGGUGGAAUCAAAUAUCUAUAGCUCUGUAUUGGCCUGGACAAACUCAAAUGGCCUGGGCUUCUCCGCCACUAUCUAAGCAGAAAGGAUGUUAGACUUUGGCGAUUAGACCUCUGUUUUUUCCGAGUCACGGAAAGCAGCAGGCCCCCAUAUGGGAUGGAGUUCCUACAGUGCUAUUUAUCAUCCCUCUAUCAUCAUCAUAUUCAUCUAUUCAUCAUCAUCAUAAUUCACAAAAUCACUAACAAAGGAAAGUGGGGGCCGAUUGAUUUUUUUCUGCGACCGAAUGUGAAAAAUGAAACUCCGUUCCCGUGUGGCGUUUGUCGGGCGGGUGGGGUUCGUGUAUGAAUCUUCUCGGUUGUCGCCUCUGAGACAAAAUUGCGGUUGUUGUUGUUAGAGACCUGAAAAAUAUCUGUAUUCUUGACAAACUUAACUAUGUCUAUUG